AUGCCCUCAUCUAGUGGGAACACUCCUCUCAUGCUAGCUAUCCGACUUGACAAAGUGACCGCCGCAGCAUGGUUGAGCAAACACAGCAACCUCGAAGUUCCCAAUCCAUCAAACGGACUGACAGCCCCCGAGCUUGCGGCGAAAUCCCAUACAUGGGAGAGUGUUCUCAUAUUUAAAGAAAUCAUGGGCAACAUCGCUAUGAAUGAGAAAGGAGGCCGGGAUCUCACUAAGCGAGUCCUACGUGCGAUCCUGGAUGGUCUACGCACCGAGGAGAAGGCGCCGGAUACAGAAGCUAAGGCUAGACAAAGGAUGCAAAGAGUUAGACCAGCAUCUCAAGAACUACCAGGAGAAUUCUCAUGCUUCGCGUUUGUAUGCUCUUGA